AUGGCCAUGCUACAGCAGCACAUUGGUUUCCCAAUGCGGCCAGCGGAUAAAGAGGUUGACUGGUCAGAUACCUACGACGAUCUCUUUGGCCAAUAUGUGGAGACCGACCUUCUAGAGCUCAGCGACAAUACCUUCGAGCCAAGCAGUUCGGACGAUCUCCCCGACACUUUCUUUGACGUCUCAGGGUCAUCCAAUGGCAGCGAUCCGGUGGACGUAUCGCCCAUGCCAACUUGUGACGGGAGGCGCACCGAGUCACGGGAAUCUUGGCAGAAGACCCUGCGGUAUCUCGAGCAAAACCCAGCCUUGUCCCCACAAGGCAACCAGGCGUCCAUUUAUCCCGAGUCUUGUGGUAGGGCUGCGGCUUCAGAUACGGAGCUUUUCAGCCUUCUCAGCUUGGAGCCGAAGACCCCUCAAAUAGAGACUGCCGCGUCCUUUUUCUCAACACCAGGCUCGCCGUCACCUUUGGCGUACCGGAACAGGAAGUUGACGAAUACUCCCGUGCAGGACGAGUCAGUCAUUCGGAAAGUCUCGCACGGCAUCAAAAAGCAGACCCGCAAAAGCAGCAGAUCGCCCCGGAUGAUGCGAUCGUCGUUCUACCGGACUGGCUUGCAGGAUCUCUGGAACAGGCGAACGGAGACUGGGGCAGACAGGUUCAACAUCCAAAUUCCAGCAACUCAGUUGCCAGCCUCGCCGCCGCCUUCAGCAAAGUUCAACCAGAAUGGUUUCGAGAUUACGGGCGAACACUCCGCUGGAUUCAAGCACGAAGUCUCAUCACCGCGAACAAACCACUUCGACUUCAAUGCGCAAAUGCGGCUGACGCCUCUGUCAUCUCCAGUACUUGGUUGUUCCAACGGCGGCAGGUCCUCCUUCUACCAACCCGCAGAAAUCGCAACCGCAGCCCUAGCAGCAACAUUCACCACCGACCCCCUGCACGCCCUACAGACACCACCGACGACCGCGCCCCUCCAAACCGCUCCAUGGGGUCCCGAAUCGAGCAUCCUGCUCGAUCUCUCCUUCUCCGUCUCACCGGACUUCAGCGCGCACAGAUCGGCAGCCUUAGACUGGCCGCCCACUAGCGCGCCUCAGCCUUGCGGCCCGCCCCCAACCUACCACAGCAGCGGGCCUAAUCUCCUAGGGCUCAGCGCCGUCCCCGGCGACCUCAGCACAGCCGGUCUCAUGAUCUCGUGCGAGCCGUCCGCGCUCGGCGGGCUGGACAUGGAGCUGGAUGCCUCGGGGUUCGCGGCCGAGCAGGCGGGCUUGAUGGCCAUGCAAGGCUACACGACUACGCCCGCGAGGCAGACGCAGAGGCAGAGGGAGAGGCAGAGGCAGCUUGCUUCGCCGUCGCGGAGCCCGUCUUCCUCCCCGCCGCCCAUCACGCCGUCCCGCCACCGCAGGACCUCUUCUGUAGCCAAAACCCCGCGCUCACACCACCGCCGCAGCAAGAGCAGCCACCACGGCAGCCACCACGGCGCCAACCCCAGUGGCGGCGGGCAUUCCCGCACGUCCUCGGCGCCCGUCGGCUUCGUCAACUUCACGGCCGACGACAGCAGGAAGAUCUUGACGGGCGUCGCGCCGAGCGGGAGCUCCAAGACGAAGGCGAGAAGGGAGAAGGAGGCCGCUGAUAAGAGGCGGAAGUUGAGCUUGGCGGCUACGAGGGCGGUUCUUGAGGCGGGAGGUGAUUUGGGAAGGUUGAAGCAGGAGGGGCUGUUCUUUUUGAACGGGGAGGCGUGA